AUGGAAGUGCUUGAUUUGGAGUACGAGGUAAAAGUGUACCUUAGACAUCCUCAGACUUGGCGUGGGCCCCCUGAGUUGUUCAAGGCUCAUCCUCUUGGAAAAGCGCCCGUACUCGAAGUUAUUUUCGGCGAUGGCUCACCACCUUUAAAGUUGGCUGAAACUGGAUUGAUUUUCCAAUACUUGUUAAACAAUUAUGACCAUGAAAACUUGCUUACUCCAACAGAUCCCCGUGAUAAGCUCAAGGUUGACUACUUUUUACACUAUGCUGAGGGCACAUUGCAGGGACUUUUAAUCACCCUUCUUAUCAACUCUGUCGCAAAGAAGAUUGCACCUUUUGGAUUCCAGACUCUCGCCAAACUUGUUACUAGAGGUCUUAAUAACGGUUACUACUUACACGAAUGGUACCUUAGUGUCGAUUUCCUCGAAAGUGAGCUCAAGAAAAAUGGAACCGGAUAUUUUGUGGGAGACCGUUUGUCGGCUGCUGAUAUCAUGCUUUCGUUCCCAGUCUAUGAAAAUAUCUUUGACAAUCCUGGCGGUAUAAAGGAGUGUGUGGGAAUAACCGAUGAUUUGUACAAGCUUUAUCCAAACUUGGGAGGAUGGUGUUGCCGCAUCAGAGACGACCCAGUGUACGUUAAGAUUGGAGCUAUGAUGGACGAAAAGGUAGAACAGUUCAAGCAGAAAAAGGGACGUAGAAAGAGCAAGUAG